AUGGGUAAGGGUACUCCAUCUUUCGGUAAGCGUCACAACAAAUCCCACACUUUAUGUAAGAGAUGUGGUCGUCGUUCCUUCCACAUUCAAAAGAGCACCUGUGCCUCUUGUGGUUACCCAAGUGCCAAGACUAGAUCUUACAACUGGGGUGCCAAGGCCAAAAGAAGAAGAACUACUGGUACCGGUAGAAUGCAAUACUUGAAGCACGUUUCUAGAAGAUUCAAGAACGGCUUCCAAACUGGUACUGCUGCCAAGGCCUCCGCUUAA